CGGCUGGCUCCCAAAUAAAUUCCUCGGCCGAAAAUAAAAGAAAAGCUCACCUACGAUUCCUGGAGCCUGCAGAUCAGCCCUUGUCCAGGAACCGUACGAACAUCGAGCCCACCGCCAACGCCCCGCCCCGCCCCGCCCAGCCCCACCGGCGACAUGAAUCCGCCCGCAGCAGCCGCGUCGUCCACCGGCGGAGGAGACCGCGCCGCGGAGUACGCGCCCUACCCGAGGCUCUCGCCGGAGGACGUGGCCCCGCCCCCGCCUCCCCCGUACCAUGCCGCCACCGCCGCGCCGCCUGCCUACGGCGGCAACCCCUACGUCUCCUCCCCCGCCGGCGCCGACGCGCCGGCCCCGAAGAAUACGAUGGACUCGGUGAAGGACGUGCUCGGGAAGGUGGGGAAGAGGUUCGGCGAGGCGGCCCGCAAGACCGAGAACAUUACCGGCAACUUCUGGCAGCACUUAAAAACGGGACCAAGCAUUACUGAUGCAGCAAUGGGCAGGAUCUCCCAGAUCACCAAAGUCAUUGCGGAAGGUGGAUAUGAAAAAAUUUUCCAUCAAACUUUUGAUGUCGCCCCCGGUGAAAAACUCAAGAAGCCAUAUGCGUGCUAUUUGUCAACCUCUGCUGGUCCUGUUAUGGGUGUUCUUUACUUGUCCAAUGUAAAGCUGGCAUUCUGCAGUGAUAAUCCACUUGCUUACCAGGUUGGAGACAAAACUGAGUGGAGCUACUACAAGGUGGUCAUUCCCCUUGCUCAACUGAGGUCAGUUAAUUCUUCGACAAGCAGAACGAACGCAGCUGAGAAAUACAUUCAGGUGGUUUCUGUUGAUAACCAUGAGUUUUGGUUCAUGGGCUUCGUGUACUACGACAGCGCCGUGAAGAAUCUACAGGAAGCACAUCAGGAGGCUCAGAGUUCGCGUGCUCAGUGAUGUCUAUAGAUCGGAGCUAGCAUGUAAUACAUUGCAGUUGUUUUUCGAAACAGUAAUACGUUGCAGUUGUGAUAUACUGGUGUCCCGAUUUAGUUGGAUAGGUGUCGUCGGCAUUUGCUGCGAUUUGUACCAACUUAAAACAGUUCUUCGAUGUGUGACAUCGUGUGCAUCCUGUCAUGUUUGGUCUCUUC